AUGUCUUCACUCACAUUUCCUACAUCCCCAUCAGUGCAAGUCAAAAUCUCAGCACUUGAAGGAGGGCAUCUGACGUUACCAGAACGCUUAUUUGUGACCGAUGCCGACCCUGAGAAGAAAAGCACGGUUCCAUCUUUGUCAUUUUUAAUCCAGCAUCCAUCCACAUCGCAAAAUGGAACCCAGAAGAAUGAAAAUAUCGUAUUCGAUCUCGGUGUCAAAAGAGACCUGAAAGGUUAUAUGCCCGCCAUGCAAGCUCACAUUGCCAAUCGUCAACCUGUAUUAACCUCGCCCGACGUGACCGAGACCUUGAGAAAAGGGGGUCUCGACCCAGCAAAAGACAUUGACUAUGUGAUAAUGAGUCAUGUCCACUGGGACCACGUUGGUACGCCUGCCGAUUUUGAACGGGCAACUUUUGUUGUCGGACAUGGAACCUUGCAUUUGUUGGAUAACGGCGCUCCUCCGCAUUAUCCAAAAGAGAUAUUUGAUGCGGAUCUUCUUCCAAGAGAUAGAGUGUGGGAACUUCAGGCUUCUUCCUUGCCAGAAGCAAAAUUUGGCCCUGAUACCGAGUAUCUAGGAGAGAAGGCGAUGGCAGUUUCAGGGAAAAGGUGGCUUCCACUGAAAAGUGUAGCCGGUGAAGUUAUAUUUCCCGCAGUUGUCGAUUUAUUUGAUGAUGGCAGUGUCUAUCUCAUCGACAGCCCAGGGCAUUUGUUCGGCCAUAUGAAUCUGCUAGCAUGCGUGGGUCCGUCGAAAUGGGUAUACCUUGGCGGUGAUUGCUGUCACGACCCGCGCAUUCUGACAGGCGAGAAAGGGAUAGCAUUGUAUGAAGAUCCCACAAAGGCCGGCCAUACGCGCAGUGUGCAUGUCGACACGGACAUUGCGAGGACGACGCUAGAUCGAAUCAAAAAGCUACUUCCAAUCGUACAGCCUCUCAAGGCCAACGACCAAAACAUUCGAAGCAUUGCCGGCAAUGCAGUUAUAGACGGCGGAGAAGCGGUCGAGAUCGAAGUGAUUGUAGCGCAUGACAAGAAAUGGCGCGAGAAUAACCAGCAUCGUUUUUUCCAGGCGAAUGUUGACAAUUGA